AGUUCGGGUUUCAAGCGCUGCUUGCGAUGUAACACCUGUAUUCACGUUGACGUGUAUUAAUUUAAUAAUCUUUAGUUAUUCUUAUUAUGUAGCUUCGGUUGAUAAAAGCUUUUGUUUUUAGUUAUUUUAUAAAAGUUUUUUUUUUGUAAUCAAUUUAUAUCUCACCGCGCAAUAUGUGUAUUGAAAUAUAAGUCGAGUGUUGAAUAUUUUGAAUUGCUUCCGAUGAUACUACUGCUUCAGGAUUGCAUUACAGCUUCGUAAUGGGCCGGUACGCCAUGCUACUUUUGGCGAUAAACACCGUCGCAGCCAUGGGCUUUAUCCCCCAUGGUUCUAUUGGGGCAAAGGAUCAUUUAAUAACGGAAACUUUGCUUCGUGAAGUAGUCGAGCGUAUGGGCAAAGACUUCAACGACGCGGCGUCCAGCUACCUAGAGUUCCCGGCCAGCGACCGCCAUCUCGCCCUGAUGGCGCACGCGAGCAAGGACCUGGAGAACGAGCAGCUAGACUACGACUCGUUGAUCGACGGGAACCCCAGCCCCAGCCUGCGCGACCAAGAGUACUUGCAGCACAGUUCGUUGUGGGGCCAUCAGUACGUAACAGGCGGUGCUGGCGAGGGUGAGCAGCGUCUCCGACCAUCGGGCGUGGUCCCUAACCGACAAAUGGUGAAAACUGACGCUGUUCUGCCCGCGUAUUGUAACCCGCCCAAUCCAUGCCCCGUCGGAUACACAGAAGACCAGGGAUGCAUUAGCGAGUUCGAGAACACGGCCGCCUUCAGCCGCGAGUACCAGCUGUCUCAGCGCUGCAUGUGCGAUGGAGAGCAUAUGUUCAGCUGCCCAUCCGACUCAACUUCAGAUAUUGACUUGCGUUUCCCCGAGCAUCACAAGAACCUCGUCGCCAAGAAGUACAAGCCUGACAUGGAAAACCCUUACUUAAUGGGCGAACGCUUGCCGAUUGCAGCCAAAAAGGGUUUCGAUGUUAGCAUGUACUAGUACGUUUAUUCAUAAGUGUAAUAGUUAGUGUCUAUUCGAUGUGAUUUUAUGUAUUUCGUACUUGUAGUUAGGUGUAUUCGUCAUCUUAUAGUGAACCUCUGUAACAACCUCAUAUAUAAUGAAAAAUGCUUCAGUAUCAGCAAACUGUUUAAUGCGCAAAAUAUGAAGAUAUCUACUAUUUAUGUAAUACCUCCUUUCUAACUACCGUCAAAUAAUUAAAAAAAAGAGAACAGUUGCCAAAAGUCUUGAAGCUUCACGCCGAUAGAUGAGUAAGGCUCACGUAGCUCUGUCUAAAAGAGUUUGAUAACAUCUGCCAUAUCAAGAGCAGUAUUCCGCUGCAUCUACCACUGAAUCGAAAUGACGACCCACUGAACUGACCCGACGGAAAACUCCGUGAACUGUGUUUGAAAAUUUAAAGGGAAAAACCGCGUGCUUUAGAACAAUCCAGACUCCGAUCUCAUGUCUUAAGAUAAUUAGUGUUCACUUUGUGAUUUUAACAUUGAACCGUAACCUCCUAUUAUAUAUUGAUUGUUAGGUCGUCUGACCAGCUUUCCGAAUAUAAUUUCUCAAUAUAAUAUUAUCAUUUAUGACCAUUUCGAUCGGUUUAAUGGGCACCAUACUGCAUGAAUAUAAAAAAAAAUAUCAACUAUAUAAUACCCAAUAUGUAAAUUUUUCAUAAGCUGCGUUAACAAAAAUUGUACCUUCUAAGGAAUAGGUUUGCUGUAAUUUACUCUUAACAACUAUUUACGAGAAAACCAAACUGAAAACAAUAUAGAACAUGUAUUAAAAAAAAAAUGAAAUAGCUUUGGAAAUUAAUCCUAUAUCUAUGUCAAAUAUUAUUCAUCAUUACUGUAUUUAUUAUAUUUCUUAACAUUAAGUUCUAUUUAAUAUUCACAGAAAAAUAUUGCAAUGAACAUUUCUAUUUUAUAGCAUACUUUUUGAAUAUUGUUAUCGUUAAUGAAUAUUUUUUUCGGAACAUAAUUAAACAGUCGCACGAAUGAUAAUGACACAUAACACUUAAUUAUUAUUGCACUAAAUACAAAAUACCUUAUAAAAAGUUUAAGUAAAAUUUUUACAUCUCCGAAGCUAUACGGAGCGAGUUAGAGAUAAGUGCAUUAAGUAAUCACCCACACAGAAGGCAUUGGAAUGAGCAAUGAGGGAUCGGUUCUAAAGAUUAAAAACCCAUCCAAGUUGGUUUAUUAAGGAGAUAGUUCUGGGGGCGAUGUGUACAUGCGAGUAAAACCAACUAAACUCCCACACUGCUCCGGCAAUGCCGAUUCUGUUGUAAUCUGAUAAUAGAGACAGAUUUUAACGGUUUGUCAACACUAUGCCGUUAUAAAAUUGAGAUAAAGACAUCGUAUCUAUGCGCUCCGGUAAUCACUUAACACCAGCUGAGCCUUAAGCGCGUUCACCCGUAAACACAAUAAAAAAAAGAAAUAUUCUUUGAAAAAAAAUUACUAUCCACACCACCACCGAUUAAAUCCGAUCGUGCAUAAAUUAAAACGUUGUAAAACACAAUUAAAUAUUAUUGAUGAAGUUUUAUCGCAACUACUAUGAGUAUAAUUAAGAAUUAAAGUAUAAAGUAAAUUAUAAUUAAGAAUAAUUGACUGGAAAAUAAUAAAUUGCGCAUACCGUCUUCGAGCAUAACGUUUACAAAUUUUGAUAUUGCAUUUAAAACACAACCUUUAAAGUAAUCCAACUUAAAACUCAUGCGAUAUGGGUUUCAAGUUAUAUAUACGGUGCGAUAACGUCACUUAUGGAAAUUAUGUAAUUUUUCAGGAGAAACAUUGGAAAAUUCAACAACUUAUUAUAUUAUAUAGUUCUUAUAUAGUUCUGCUAUACUAAAUAAAUAAAAACGAUAAUAUUUAAACUUCAUCAGUAAAAGCAAACGUCUGCGUCUCACUGAUAACUCUAUUAAAAAUAUAUAUUUUCUCUUACUCAGUUCAGUUUUAACAAAAAAUGCAUUUAAUAAGUGACUUUAUAGCACCGUAUGUGCGAUAUAUCUAAAGUCGCUGUGGGCGAAAGGUAAAAAAUCAAGGAACAAAAAUCAAACCGGCGAAAUUUAUUAAUUUGCUUGAUUACUGGUGGGAGGGCGUAUUGUAAGUCCGCACGGGUAGGUACCACCAUCCCAUCAAUUUCAGCCGCGAAACGGUAAUGCGCUCCGACUAGAAGGGUGGGAUAGCCGUUAUCCAAUACAAUCGAGACUUUGACCUCAUGUCUCAAGGUGGGGUGUAAUGUCUACGAGCUCCGGUAUCAAUUUAAGAUGCCGUGAACUCGUUUAGCCAUGAAACCAAAAAAAUAUAUAUAUUAAUCUUAAUAAUUAGUAUUUUUGUCUCUUUCUAUCUUCUUCUUGUCUGUCUAUUCUCUGUCUUCUACUACAUAGUUAAUAAUAUUAAGUGUAAGUUAAGUAUGAAUCUGUAAAUAUAAAAAAAAACGAUAAAAGUAAGCGUGGACCUACAAAAGUCGCCAUUUUUUUUUCUAGUACUAUCGCCAGAGAUUUACUUAGAAGAGUUCUGAACUCGAAGCUGUUCUAGUCAAAUAGAUAAGUUAGGUUAUUAUUAUUAGUAUAUAGGUUUAAAGUUACAGUGAUUAGUAAACGUGUAUUAUCCAGCUUAUUUUUGAAAAUAUCUCUUCGUAGUCCAUAGAAAUAAGCAAGCGAAUGGCAUUUUAUAGUCGAUUUCUCCAUAUCGUUCGUAAUUAGAAGUGACUACAAAUCAAAACAAAAAAUUGGAUUAAAAAAUCUUGCAAUGAUAAAAGUGUACAGAUUACCACAUACGCUUACGAAAAAAACGGAAAAAUAAUAAUAUAUUUCCAUCUCUGUAAAAUACGCAUUAAAAAAUACAGUUUACGAAUCACUGUAGUCUCAUACUAAAUAUUUAUAAGCAAUCAAAGAGCACAGGCUAAAGCUGUGAAUAAUAUUAGGCGAGCGAUGAUGUGUCUGAAAUAUGACUGUAGAUUUUGUAAAAAAAAAGAAGAAAAUAACAAAAAACUGUAGCUUAGAAAAUCCUUAGUAUAAAAUAAAUGUAAUUGUUUUCUGGAUGCAUUUAUGCUGCUAUAAAGCUAAGCUUAAAGUCACCGUCAUCUCGAUCAGGCCAAGUCACGCUGAAAGAUGUAUUUAAAUUAGUUAUGCAAAACAGAUCGCAGUAAUAAGUCUACAAUAGUGAAGCUAGAAAGUGAAUAGUUUCGUUUUUAUGAUCAUAAUUUUAAUGAUUAUUUUAUUUCCACGAAACUAAAAAUGUCAUUGUUCUGAUAUAUGGAUGAGAAUUCACGUGAACCGGAUCGAACUAGGUAAUUAAGAUAUGAUAAGAUAUGAUAGAACAGAUGAUAAGAUUCCCUUUCAAAAUUCCUGAUUUGCGAAAACCUCUUGAAAUAGAAUCGUUUUGGUUGUAAUUAUCUAAAUUGAUUUACUUAGCAACAAACGUUUGCCAAAAUAGCCAACACAGUCAAUCAAAUUGAGAAUGUUUCAUUAGUUGGUUUAAUCAACCACGUCCUUAAACAAGUAAUAAGGCAAAUACUAAAAAUAUUUUGUAUCUAAAGACUACGACCAUCCCUGUAUGGGAUAUCACGCUCAGUUCUUUUGGUUGGCCAAAUCAAUGAGGUAACUAAACCAAAUUUAACAUCCACAGCUGCUGUGUUUUAAACCACUUCAAUAGUGGCACUGUACACUGUUCUUUAACCAUGAACUUGGCCAAGCAAAUGUAUUGAUGAAAAGCCAGUGAAAUACGGAUACAAAAUAACCGACUUUUACAAAAAUCUAAUUACAGACUCGUAAAAAUAAUUACUCCCAGAAUCAUUCUGCUUAAAGUACGGACAUUAUAAUUUGGCAUAGCCAAGUUUACAUCCUCCGUGAGCAUAAAGGGUGUCUUAGGUAUCUACCACAAGUACAUACCGUUUUCAUUGACGAGUACCCCUAUACAUGGUUCAAUUGAAAUAGUUUGAAAACUUUUAGACCAACAAAAGUAUUAAUGUCAAAACUAACCAAAGACAAAUAAUAAUAAGGUUCACUUCACAUAAACCCAGAGAUAAUGAUCAGUCACCUAACCAUAAAAUUUGCAAUCAUUUAAUGCAAUUAAAUCGUCCAAAUAUCAAAACAAUAACAUCAAGAUAACAAAAAUAACAAGAAGUUAAGCUAAAAAAAACAUUUAGCGUCGAAUUUUUGAAGUCUUCCUUAGUAAUUUAUUGUGUAUUUAUUAAAGGAUAUAAUUAUAGUUAUUCGCGUUUACACAUAGUUUUAUAACGAUUCAAUGUCCGAAAUAUCGAUUAUUAUUAGCUAAUAAGAGCAUCGACAUCACGUUUGUGUAGAUAUAGUUCUAGAAACUGAUGUGUUUUAUGAAUACAAAUAGAUUUAUACAUGUAAUUACAUAGCUAAUUUUGCAGUUGAAUUAAUACCCAAGUAAAGGAGCAUACGUUUAUUAGUAGUAAGUAUACCAGAUACGCUGAUCCGAGCGAUACUAUGUUCAUCUCCUUCCAACUGAUUGUUGAGAAAAUACGCUAUUGUCAUACGCAUCAGUGGUAUUUUGUUAACGAAAAUGUAUUCAGCUGCUUUUUGUAAAAUACUAUUAUUAAACCAUUGCUCUCUACUAGGCUAAUGUUGAUAUUAGGAUUAAGAUCAUAACGUAUAAAAUUUACGUAAGUAAAAUUUAUAAUGAAAAAUUGAUAAAAAUACUCGUUCUCAUUUCAAACAUCUGUACAUACCCGAUAAUUCGACUAAUGUAAAAUAUUUAAAAAAAAACCAAGGCUUUUUGGAGUUUCCAAACAUAUUUCGAUGAAUGUACAUCAAUUCAUUCUGAUCGCCUACAACAUACACUGUGCAAGCCAGGCUGUUUAUUCCACUCCACUAAGGUCAUUGAAAACAGAAUAUUAUGCAAAAAUAUUUAUUUACGAAAAAUAAAAACUGAUAAUUAUUUCAGCAGCAAAAAUUAUAACUUGACACUUACAUAAUUCUCACGGGACACUAAUUCUAGAUUUUACAUUGAAAAUCGAGAAAUAGCUACUGUAAUGUUAUUUUCUUAAGAUCAAACAGUGACGGCUGACGAUAAAAUACACGAUGAAUAUGACAAAUAACAAGUAAUAUAUUAUUAUGUACUCAACGAACCUUAAUGACGUAAUAACUAUGUAAUGCCAAAAAUGAUGAAAACGAACAUGCCCCACAAUAAAAACACUUACAGAAUGAUGCCGUAAGAAUUCAACUACUCAGCCCAUAUAACACAACAGUUUUGCUUCAAAAAUAUCUAAUGAACGUGAUAUGGAAGUUUGGUAGCAAUUUUUUGUAAAUUUAAUGUAAAUAGUAACGUUAGAUGAUAACUUGAAUAAGAAUAAGGAAGAUUGUUACACAAAUAGCUGUGAUAUUAUUUGUAUUCUUCCAUAGUAACAAGCUUACUAGAUUGGACUUGUGAAAGGCAAUUGGAACAUUCAAUCAAUGUAAUAGUAAAAUUAUUCUGAUUUUGGCAUAAUCUUUGUAAACAUAACGACAAUUUUCACACACAACACAACACAACACACAACAAUCAUAGAAGUCAAUAUGCAUUACUUUACUGGUGGUAGGGUAUAUUGUAAGCCCGCACGGGUAUGUACCACCGCCCUGCCUAUUUCUGCCGUAAAGCAGUAAAUGCGUUUCGAUUUGAAGGGUGGGGCAGCCGUUGUGGUGUUAAAAAGAAACGGAGACCUAAAACUCAUGUCUCAAGACGGAUGACAGAUUUGACUUUGUUGAUGUCAAUGGGCUUCGGUAACCAUUUAACAUCAGGUAGGCCGUGAGCUCUUUCACACAUCUAAGCAACAAAAAAAUAACGUCAUCGGAGUAAAAAUCCCCUUAGCAUAUUACAAAUUUAAAUAAGUCAGAGUGACGUCACAAUCGUAUCAUAGCAUUAAUAUUCAAAUAUAUUUAAUUUGUACUAUUACGAAAAAAGAAUUACUGCUCCAAUAAUGUUUCCAAUAAAGGAAUAAGUACAAAACUAAUAAAUGGAUUGAUGUUAGUUUAAACGCGUCUUAUGUAGAGUUACUUUCAAAAUGAAUUCAAUUUAGCGCAAUCAAUAAAAAUCGUCAUAAUUCUGUAAUUAAAGAUCAAGAUUACCGAUCUGAAUGGAAGAAAAAUUAUAUUUCAAUUACGUUAAGGAAUAUUGAUACUCUAACUUUUAUCCAGAUUUGAAUAAAAUGUGUCAUAUUAUGUAGAGAAAAUCACAUAGAUCUCGACCUGCGUUUGAGGACUUGAAACUUUGUAAAUAUAUAUGGAUUCUAGUUUCGGCUUAGACAUUAAAAGCCUUCAAAUAAUUUCAGCCGACAACGAGUAAUAAAAAGAUUAUAUGAGACAUGUCAUCCUCAAUUUAUUGAACCAUCAAUACUCAUAAUGACUAUCUCUACUGUAAAUACAUUUAAUUAAGAAACAAUUAACACGCGAAUUAUAAAUCGGACAUAAUAUUCAUGAGAACGAGUGUUUUGUAACAUUUUAGCCAUUUUAGGUGGUUAGUUAUGUGAAGUAGCAGUGUUAUAUUACCCCGUGCUUAAUGUUUACAUUGUCAACUUUUAAAAUGUAAAUAUAUUCCUGUUAUAUACUCAAUCUCUAGACUAGGUACGUACGACUGAUUUCCCGGUUCUCCUAAUAUCACAUUUUGUAAGUAAUACGAUGUAUGUAUGUACUUAGUAAAUACUAUCAGUGACAAUUCAGACUCAACUGAAAUAAGAAUAAAAUAAAAUUAAUUAUCAUUUAAUAAUAAUAAAGGAAAUUGGACAACGAUAUUAUAAAUCGAACACUCAACAGUUUUUCCGACAGACUUUAUGAGCAAACACAAUCUUGUUCUCUACUAAAGUCUCGACAAAACUUAAAAAAGAUUAAACAACGAUAUUGAAAACCAAACAAUAGAGUUGGAAGAACUGCAUUGACCCGAAAAUAUAACAUAUACCAUAAUAUAUAAUUUUUACUGGUGGUAGGACCUCUUGUGAGUCCGCGCGGGUAGGUACCACCACCCUGCCUAUUUCUGCCGUGAAGCAGUAAUGCGAUUCGGUUUGAAGGGUGGAGCAGUCGUUGUAACUAUACUGAGACCUUAGAACUUAUAUCUCUCUCUCUGUCUAUGGGCUCCAGUAACCACUUAACAUCAGGUGGGCUGUGAGCUCGUCCACCCAUCUAAGCAAUAAAAAAAAACUUUUUUGAGCCUUGGAUCGGGUCUUCUCUACGAAAUCCCCGCGUAGGGGUUACAUAGAACUUCCUCCUCAGAAGCCACCCACUAAAAGACUCUUCUGCUCAAUGUCCACACUCCCGAGCCACGCCAGGUACAGAACAAAAAAAUACCCCGUACCAGUUGCAAAAAACUUUAAUCUCAAUCGUAACGCACCACAUGAGGGGAUAUUUAUAAUUUAGGAGACAAACUUGAUAACAUACGUAUGUAAUAAGCCAUAGUAAGAAUUUUCGUAUUGAGGUCUUUUAUAAUUAUAUUAAUAACAUCUAGCAAAUAAUUUCAUAUUUGCAAACUAUUACGUAAAUUUUGACUUUGAUUAUUACACAUUCUCACAAAAAAAUUGAAUUUUAAAUGACUAAAACGCAAAGUUAUCAAGUGUCUCCAUAAAAUUACGCAUCACCCCUCUUAAUAAAAAAAAUACAUAGAAAUAGAUAAUAAUGAAUGCCUCAAUGACUAUUUCUGCCGUGAAGCAGUAAUGCCUUUCGGUUUGUAGGAUAGGGCAGCCAUUGUAACUAUACUGAGGCCUUAAAACUCACAUCUCAAGGUGGGUGGCGGCAUUUACGUUAUAGAUGUCUGUAGGCUCCCGUAGCCACUUAAGACCAGGUGGGCUGAGAGCUCAUCCACCCAUUUAAGCAACAAAAAAUAAAAAAAUCAAACCAUACAAAAAAGGAAUCUCCUAGGCAAGGAUGUAAACCGGUGUGAGUAGAAACCACCACGCUGCCUAUUACCUACCGUGACAUACUUAUCCGUUAAGGCUUGAAGAGUGGGACUGGUGGUAGUUACAAUGGAGAAUGAUACCUUCUGUCUUGACGUGGGUAGUGAUAUCAGCUAGUCUGUAAGCUCCUUCACCCGUUUAAGCAAAAAAUAAAAGACAAUUUAACAACAUAAAGAAAGAAGAACAUAAACAUCACGCGAACGUUUAGUUUCCAAUUGAUAAUCUUCAUUAUAAUACAAAACGAAUAUCUUUCUUCGUAAUAGCACGAUAGGAAUUUAUGAACCCUGAUUUUACUUACAACAACGAAUCCAUUCUAAUUCCUCAUCGAUUUCUAUAAUAUAUUUUUAAACUGCCAUGAUUUUAUUAUAAUUCAAUUAAAUCAAGAUUACCUUGGCAGACCAACGAAAAGGCUUAGUUGAGCAGUCAUUAUCAACUCGUAGUCAACCACUGAACGUAUGUACAUCACCAUUUAAGUAUUCAGCUAUCCCAAUAUUUCUGCAGUUACAAUUGUAAAAAUUGAAAAGAAAACAAUCUUGUUUAUUGAACAACCGAUAAGUUCAGUAUCGACCUUAAUUGUGACAGUAGUAGUGUAAACAUUUGGCACGGAAUCUCGUAUAAGUAAUAAAGGCACUGUGAAAAAGUACUCUAUUAAAUUUAUAAGACAUUUGACAAGAUAUCCCAUAUUUGUUUUAAGUACAAACUUAAGUUGUAAAUGAUUUUCACGGAAUCUGAACACAGAGUAUUACAGUCAGUGUAAAUAUAAACUUAAGGUUUCCUAGUGUUACCCAUUAGACUACUAAAUUCGAAUACUUACACUUAAAAUGUUAAUGAAAGAAAAUUAUGCGUUAAACUUUUUAAAUAUCAGAGUCAAAACGUUCCUGAUUAGUUAUAUACUUGGUGUUAAAAUCAUGUAACCGAUCUAGUCUUGUAUUAUUAAUAAGUAAUAUUUAAUUUUAAAGAGUAGUAAGACUUCGGCUAUGAAAAGCUACGAUUGUGGAAUAGACCAAAAAAAAUUAGCUUAGAUUACGGUAUAAAAACCCGAGUCAAAAAAAAAAGGUUUUUAAUCGUAAAUUAGGUGUUUGCAAUAUUAAAUAUAACUUAAAUAUAAGCUAUUAUCAAAAAUGUUAAGUCGUGUAUAUUUUUAAUAGAUAAACUUUAGUAUGUAAGUCAUUAGUACCGGUUAAUACAAACUGUAUCAGUUAAGGAUUUUUUUUUUUUCUGUUCUAAAAAGUCUUCAGAUCAUCGAUAUUGACGACUACUUUCGAAAGGAAAUUUUAUUGUUCUAUUCCGGAAAAUAAUCGGUUGAGCACACACAGCCAAAAUAUCAUUUAUCAACUUAUAAAUGAAAUACUAUUAAACUAUCUACGACUCAAAUUAGACAUAGGCUCUGAUUUGAAAUUCAAAUAGUAUUAUGUUGAGAAGUCUCAUCUGUUCAAGAUUGGCAUUCUGCCGCUUAGCUAACAAUACCGCAAAAGUAUUAUUAUAUUAUAUGCUUUUUUUAAAAGAGACAAAACCUAAUUUCUGCUAAAGAAAUUGCUAGAUAUAUUUUGAUGCUUUCAUAAAUAAGGAAUUACUACCGUAUAUUAGCUAUUUAUGAAUACAUCCCAUAUGUUUGACAAUAACCGUAGACGACGUGACGAUUUUCUGUUCCAAAGUAGUCAUUAAUAUACUGAUGAUGUUAAAUUAAAGAAACAGUAAUCCAAAUUUACAUGAAUUAUUUAGAAAUUUCCGAUGAUUUUAGGGUUAAGUGAUUAAUGAAAAUAAAAUAAGCCUUCAAAGGUAGGUUAAUUAGUGUAAAUUAGAUUUAGGUGAUUAGCUUAAAAAAAAUCUCAAUGAGUAACGUGUGCGAACUAGUCAAAAAACGAGUAGCCUGUAAAUAUAGUUAAGGAAAUAUAAUAAUUAGAAAAUAAAGAAAGAUAUAUUUUCGUUAUUGAAACAUGAAUGAUCUAUAUAGAGACUAAUACAAAAGAGAAUAUAUUUUUCUAAAAAAAAUAUGAAAACCAAAAAAUAAUAGGUUAAGUUAUGUUUUAGUGAAUUUAAUUCUAAAAUCAUUUAAUUCAUCACCCGCAUUUAAGAGAGUUUGAUGUGAGAGUUUAAAAAAAGAAUGACCUAUGACAAUAUUCUCUAAGCACUCGAAGUAAUCAUCCAUUUAAAACCAUUUAACAAUAUUAGUACUGAGUAACUCACAAACUCAGAUACAAAAAAGUACAAAAUUAAAAUAUAGUUAACUAUAGCAACAUUAACAACUGAUUGUGUUCUCUAUUACUUUAAUGUCCAGGGGUGACCAUCUUUGAGUACAAUGAAAUCUACCAGUACCUUGAAAAAAUCAAUUUCCGUUAGAAUAACAUAUUUCGGUAUUCUUGUAUUUUUAAAUAUAAUACUAUAAAUAUCCCAGAAAACCAUUAAAAAUAAUUUAAGAAUUAUCUACCAAAUCGAUAAAUAAUAACAGCAUCUUCUAUUCUUCUCACUGCGGCCGGCUUCGUACUUAAAAUAGCAAUUAAGACAAUAUUAAAAAUACACUACAUAAUUGUAAAUAAAAAGUUAUCAUUAGCAAAUUAUUAAGAAAUAAUUUUUGUAAGUCUGAGGUAAAAAAAAGCAGAUAUGUCACUAAAUUUAUUUUAUUUUGAUUAUUGCAGUACACGGCAACUAAUGCUGUUCACUUUUUUAAAUUUGCUACAUUGUUCUUCAUUCCUUUCUUUUUAGCUUCGCGCUUAGUCGGGCUUAGUUCACUCCACCUCUCUCUCACAAUCUGUUUCUCUCUCUUUCUCCCCCCUAAUAACGCUUCCUUUUCUCUGUACCUUCAUUCCUUCUGACUUUUGGUCUUCUGUGUCAUUUUUCUCUUUUACUCUCGACGUUUUCCUAUUGCAGGGAUAUUUUAUUAAGUAUAUCAUUAUAAAGAAAUCUAUUCGUAUUUCAUACACUUUGGGCAACUUUGAGUGUUGCGUUUUAGCAAAAGUUUCAUAUCUGAUUUUAUAAUACAGCAACUAGUAUUAUAUUUUACAGUUAAGAUUAUUAGGAAAUCAAUCUUCAUGAAAUCUAUUUCUAUCUCUUUCUAUCCACUUAUUUAUGUCUGUAUUUAAAUAUCUCUCUAUAUUCACCUAUGCUCCCUUCUACCCUUUUCAUUUUCGUAUUAUAUUUUUCCUCUUGUGUCCCUUUCUACUCUAUACUCUCUUUUUCUUCCAACUUUCUCUAUUUUUUUAGUCCCCUUUUCUGAUGCAGCAUCAGAAUAUUUCGCUAUUUCCAAAACUUUUGUCGUUUAACCCCUCUAUCCUCUUGUACUUUUCUAUCUCCUGCUGCCCCUUUCUAACUUCUUCUUAAAUAUUUUUCUACGUUUCUCUUUUCUCAUUAAUUUUAUUCAUUCAUUCUAUUUCCAUGGCGCUUUCCAAUUGGAGUACCGCUUCUUCUCUAUUUCCAUCCCUUCUUCUUUUUGUGCCUUCUCGAUCCUGAGCAUUUUCAUACGUCUAUGUGAUCUAGCUACUCAAACUAAAGUUACAUUAACAUCAUCAUUUAUACCUACCUAACUUGAAUAUUUUCAACUAUCUGUGGUUCUUAGUGGACAACAACAUAUGUAGCAGUCACACAUAAUAAAAUAUUUUUCGCAAAGACGAAUAUCCCACUUAUGAUAAUCUCAGGUCUAUCUCUUACAAUUACUGAACAACAACAUUCGGACUUUCGAUCGACUGAAGACCUGAUCGAUGAAAGACCUUCCCUCUGUCGUGUCCAGGAAGAUAAAUGUUUUCUACUAUCCUGUUCCUGUAGUAAAUUUUAAAAAGUGAAUUUUGAAUUGAUUUUAAAUAUGUUGCAGAUUCCGAAACGUGUAUUUAACAUAAACUAUUUAAAUUAUCUUAGUUAAAUUAAGUAAUACUAGGUAGUGAUCUGGCUGUGCCCGUUUUUGAAAUCCGUGAGCGACGGCUAACACUCACCAUCUGUUUAGCCGCGUGCUCGUGUCUGUCUCAUUGUUUACAAAUGGAAUCAAAAAAUAUGUAGUUUUAUCAUUUUUUGACCACAAUGUUAUUAAUGUAACAACUUUUUUCAUAAACAUCCAAAAUAACACAGUCGUAAACAGAGUUACCUAAACGCAAAAGUAGCAGCAUCUCUUGGAUGUAAUAUUGUAUAUUUCUUCUAGAAAGCAAUAAAAACUAUUAUCGUCGUUGAGAUAUCGAAGCUAGCUGCAAUACUAUGGACAAUAUAAUUAGUGAAACUUUGACUGAGUAUAAAAUAAUUUCCAUUACUAUUUUAUUACAAUCAACUUUUCAGCUUGAGGCCUUCACUCCGAUGUAACGAAUCAUAAAAUAGUACCCAAUAAAGCCUGAUAUCUGUGAAAUUUAAUAUAAAAAAAUUCAAAUUUCGAAUACGCAUGAAUUGAAAAACGAACUCAGGACAUGAAUGCAAUGAUUAAGAGCCUCGAGCCGUUUAUUUUAUUAUUAUUAUUUGUAAAUAAUGUCCUCAAUAGUACUUAAUAAUGCAUAUUACUUGGUGCUUAAACCUCUCAUAAUAAAUAACGCAUGAAAAUAAGUACAAAUAUAUAUUUAAUAAAAAUAGAAUCUACUGGCUGCUCUCAAACACAUUGUAGAUAUUUAGGGAGUAAAAAAUGAUAACAUAGACUGAACUAUCCACCAUAAGAAAGCUUACUAAUAAAACUAAUUAGUUAAUAUUAUUUUUUCAAAAAAUCAUAGCUAAGAUAGAGUAACCUAAAUUAUAUAAAUUAAGAAACAUAGCCGAUUGAUGUCGAAUAAACUUACAGUUACUAAAUUAUUAUAAGUCGUAAGUGCAUUUAUAUGUUAGUAUAAAACUCGAAGAUGUCAUUAUUUCCAUAACUAAUAUAAGAUUUAAAAAUGUUACGAUAGGAGUGUAUAGCUUUUAGCUGGCUAAUAUAUAUAUUAUCUUUUGAAUCAUGUGAACAUCGAUUGGUAAUACAUAUAUCGAUGCAUGUGAACGUGUAAUCAAUUCAUUGCAACAAAAAAAUAACAAAUUAACUCGCUUUUAGCUGGCUUUUGAAUCAUCAUGUGAACGUGUAAUCAAUUCAUUGCAACAAAAAAAUAACAAAUUAACUCCGGUAUCACUGGUGGUAGGACCUCUUGUGAGUCCGCACGGGUAGGUACCACCACCCCGCCUAUUUCUGCCGUGAAGCAGUAAUGCGUUUCGGUUUGAAGGGUUGGGUAGCCGUUGUAACUAUACUGAGACCUUAGAACUGUUAUCUCAAGGUGGGUGGCGCAUUUACAUUGUAGAUGUCUAUGGGCUCCAGUGACCACUUAACACCAGAUGGGCUGUGACUUCAUCCACCCAUCUAAGCAAUAAAAAAUAAAAAAAGGUAUACGAGUUUAAGCAGUUACGUGGAAAGCUGAAUUUUACGCAGAAUUCAAAUUAACUUAAUGAAAAAGGCCAAGACAAGAGCACACGACUUCACCUACAGUAUAUCAUUCUUGUCGUAUACCAUUAUGUUAUGUAGAAUGAUAUGCAUGAGCAUAGAGCCAAAUAUUCUCUAACACAAGAAAGACGUUACAUGACAUAGCAGAGUAAAAAAAAAGAGUAAAUCUAGUCUACACUGGUCACUGGUAGUAGGAUCUCUUGUGAGUCCACGCGGAUACCACCACCCUGCCUAUUUCUGCCGUGAAGCAGUAAUGCGUUUCGGUUUGAAGGGUAGGGCAGCCGUUGUAACUGUACUUGAGACCUUAGAACUUAUGUCUCGAGGUGGGUGGCGUAUUUACAUUAUAGACGUCUGUGGACUCCAGUAACCACUUAACACCAGGUGGGCUGUGAGCUCGUCCACCCAUCUAAGCAAUCAAAAUAAAACAAAAAACUGCCUGUACCAAUUCACCCUUUUUUCAUAUGAACAACCGAUAAACAACAAUGUAUAAUUAAUGACAUUACAAUCACAAUAAAACACGAAUUAAUAUUGCAAAACACAUUAGUUCAGUUUAGCCAAAUUUUAUCUUUACAUGCUUCAUACUGGUAAUAAGCAUGUUGUCAUUUGAAAUCCCGGAGUGUUUUUUUCAUAUUGGUUUUCUUCUUACAGAUUUUAUUUUAUUUCCAAAUUAGUAAACUCCAAUCCAAUUACUGUCCAAUCAGGUAUUACCAAAAUUAAUACGAAUUCCUGCUGCUUUGAUUACACGUUGCGUAAUUUGAUUAUUCCUAAGUGAUAUCGAUUCAGUUGGUAAUUAGUAUAAAAUUGGGUUUAUCAAUAUAGUAAAUGUUAGUGGUAGUGAUUAUUGGAACGAAGUUCCUUAUCGCGCGUUGUGAAAGGGGGCUAAACGGAAAAAAUUCUUACGAAAAGUUGUCACGACACUUUUUAGAUCCGUCAUUCUGACCAAUCAACGUGUAGGCGCUUAUCGCGUGACAUUGCUCGUAUCCGAUUGGUCCGCGUAAUGAGUACAGUUUCUCGAGACAGCGUUUCAACAAUAGUAAUUUAGUUCAUAGUAUUGUUUUUUUCUUCUUCAUAAUGCCGUAAUUUAUUAUUAUAACUUAAAAAAAAAAUUACAAUUCCUUCACUAAUUAAUCGAAAGGAACUUCGUUCCAUCCGGGUGUCCCUUGACACCUCUGAAGUUUUUUUUUAACUAACAAAUAAUAAUCAACUAACAUUAACACUUUUAAAGUAAUUGCAAUCAAUGGUAAUUCAUAGCAAAAUGUUAAUAAUAAUUCAUGCAGUUAUAUGUAUUAACACUAUAAAAUAUCUUUAAAGUGUAGAAACUCAAUACACAUUGCUAAAUAAUUUUUAAAAUUCCAUAGCGGCUUUGAGUAAAACAUCUGUAAAAAGUUACCAACUGAUGCGAUGUAUUAUAAUUCCAAAUUUUUGCUUAAUUUAAUUACUAAUAAGCAUGUAUAUAAUGUGACAUAAUAUAGUUACUGUGAAUAGUAAGACGAGUUGGAACGCAGAUCUAAUUAAUUUUAAAUUAAACACAUAAUUUUGUUGUAGAAAUUAGGAAUUUAAGUUUAUGAUAAUAUCGAAGUUAUAAAAAAAACAAAAAACAAUAAAAAAAAAUAAAAGAAAAAAAACGAGAAAAAAAUAACAAAAAGUAAGAAAAAGAAAAAAAAAGAAAAAAUAUAUUUAAAAAAAACGACAUUGAAUUUAACGGACUUUGUUUUGGUGAAUCGUGGUCAAUAACAUACACAAGCAAACAAAAAAACAAGACAAGGUAACAAAAACAACACAAAACAUUGCGUAAUUACUUAUGGUAGGACCACCCUGCCUAUUUCUGCCGUGAAGCAGUAAUGCGUUUCGGUUUGAAAGGUGGGGCAGCCGUUGUAACUAUACUGAGACCUUAGAACUCAUAUCUCAACGUGGGUGGUAGCAUUUACGUUGUAGAUGUCUAUAGGCUCCAGUAGCCACUUAACACCAGGUGGGCUGUGAGCUCAUCCACUCAUCUAAGCAAAAAAAACACUUAAUUCAUGUUACAGUGAUAACCGAAUAAAAUAAUAGAAACUAUCUACAUCUACAUUAUCAAAUCAAAAGUCACAGCAAGACUGCAUUAAACUUGGUAUCAUUUAAAUAGAAUCAGUCUAUCUAUGUUAGAAAUUUUAAUGCAGAAUAAAUUAUGCUAAAUAAAACUUAAAAGCACGUCAUGUUGGUCACCAACACAAGUUCAGUAAAAGUGAAUCUACCUCAAACAUCUACCUCACAAAUUUUGGUACCGAUACAAAAUUCCCAAUAAUAAAAGCUACCUCAGAUAUUUUAGUACCAAAGCUACACUCAAGCAAAUAAUGUAUGUCAAACGUUUAGGUCCUUCAAACAAAAUGUAUUCAUAGUUAAAAUAGUAAAAUUUUGGUUAGAACAUAAAACUUUGGUACAAAAACUAAAUACAAAUAUAAUAUAAAACUACCUCAAAUAUCUACCUCAAACAGCUUGGUACUAAAAUAACAAUUAACAAACACAGUCUUUGCUCUACACCGUGCUCAAAACAUUUUGGUAUUAUAAAAUAUUAAGGCAGAAUAGAAAUCGCUCAAAUCAAAGAUACCAAAAUAAAAUUAAUCACAGAAAAUAUACAUGUAGGUACCUCUACUAAAACGAGAAAAAUCAGACAAGCUUACAUCUCAAGACGAAGCUGCGUUAAGACAACACAAAUAACUUGAUCACCAAAACAGAUUUCAGUAACGAAAUAAAAAUAAUAUUUCAGUGAAGCCAUUCACAAAAAAAAAUUGAGUUCGAACGAAAAUUCUUGUCCAAAGGUAAGUGAACCAAAACAAAUUUGGGUCCAAACCAAUAUUCGGGCCCAGCGAAGCCAAUUAUAUAUUUGGGUCCAAACUUAAAUGCAGAUUCAGUGAUAACAAUUUAAAAAAAAUUGGGUCCGAAGUAAAAUCAGUUCCAUCAAUGCCAAUUAAUUAUUUUGGGUCCAAAAACAAAUUCAAUACAUAUUCAAACAAUAUUUAAGAAAUUGGUACCAGAAUCUCACUAGUCAAACUACCUCAAGGAUCUUAAGUACUACAUUAACUCUAAAUAGAUUUAUAAAUAAACUACAAUAAAAUUCAAUGUCGUUUAAAAAAAAAAAGUAGAAAUGAAUAGUAAUUGAAAACAACUUGAUGUCUACUCAGCACUAAUAAUACAAUAAUAUAUAGAUAAAAGCCGAUUCUUGAAUAUUAUAGUUAGUCUUAAUAAAUAUGUAAAUAUAAGCCAAUAAAGAGGCGCGUAAAACAGCAAAACCAAAGAAAGUAGUAAAUCAGCGAGGGUUGAACGAACGAAAGUAUAUCUCUUAUAACGUUUGGAUAAAAAAUCAGCGUAAAAUUGUCGAUAAUUCAACCCGAUCCAUAGCCGAUGAUUUAACCUAAUAGGUGUAUGGCUCUAAUAAAGAAUGAAGAAGAAAAAGAAAAACCCGAUCCAUACAAAAUCCUUGUUGUUGGAUGUUGCUAUGCAUCGAGAAUAUCGUACGUCGAUAAUCUGACUUUAUUAAUUCAGACCAAUCAAACGUCUGCAAGGCAAAGAUAUCUCAAUGCAUAAUCCAAAAUGCGGACUGCCUACUCCUUGCAUAACAACGCCCAACGCAUUAUGCACUCACGAUUACUAUAAUUUAAUCCAAAUUAUUUCAUAUGCAAUAACUUAUAAACAACGUAAAUUAAGUUUUUUUUAUUUGUGCUUAGAUUCAAAGCAUAAAAUAAAUAUUAUAAGUUAGCUAGUUCCGUUGUGAUUAUAAAUGUUAUGAAAAAAUUACUUGAAUGAAUACCAAAACUCAACUAAUAUUUGCAUGCGAAUUGAAAUUCGCGAGAACAUUUUUUUCAAGACACUAAGAGCGCUUUCAAUGCAAUACCACGACUUUACGAUUAAAAACCCGUAUGUAUCCACUAUAAAUAUCAUACAAAAAGGGUUCAGACUACAUACCCACUCUAAACGGAUCUAUAUGUGACAUUUAAAACGCGCCAAAUCGUAACUGACAAUUACAAAAUCCUAAGAUUUUUAUCCAUUACACGCAAUUACAUCGUAAAUUUUACUAUAGUUUUCGGAGCUCUACACUUACGUGAUAAUGUCACAAACCUACACUUUUCCUAUCGAAAAACAGUUUAGCGUGUUGAAUAAUUGAGAAUAUUUUCUUUCUCUACGAACUACGGUAGGCAGCGGCUUGGCUCUGCCCCUGGCAUUGCUGAAGUCCAUGGGCUACGGUAACCACUCACCAACAGGUGGGCCGUAUGCUCGUCUGCAUACAAGGGCAAUAAAAAAAAAACUUAACUAUUUCUAAAGAGAGUGCAUUAUCACAUAUUGCAGAUGCAUUAUAUCGUAAAUGCACGCAAAGAAAGUGCUUUUGGAUGUUUUGAUUUACAAUAAUUAUUAUUUUCAUUGUGUGCCAAAAUUGUGUACUCGUUAAUCCCUAAUAAUAAUUUUCGUAGAGGUUUCGCACGUAAACGAAAGGAAAGAAUAUAAUUUGUGUUAUCAUAGUCGAUUGAUAAGACCUGAACGCUAUUAUGUUGUAUGAAGUGCAUAACUAGAUUCGUUAGGUCGAAAAUUGUAUUUCUUUGUAUAAUUUAGUAUUUUAAUUGUGUAUUUUAAUGUUUCGGGCGAUUGAAAGCGUGUGAAAAUACCUUGUGUGAAUGGUUUUUAUUGUAAUAGCUAAAUAAUGCGUAAAGAAAAACAUAAGGGCUGUACUUUUUGUGAUGUUAAUCUUUCAUCCCUCGUUUUUAUGUUGUCUUGUGCGUAGGAUUAAGGACUGACUGCGUGUUCGGUUGUGUGUGUGUUUGCGUGUGCGUUAGCUGCGUUAGUAUAUCUUGUGUGUGUGUUACGUGAGCAUGCAGUGCUAACUGCGUUUGCCUUGAUACUGAAAUGUUUAAAUAAAUGCGGAGUUAAUACCGAAAAAGUACCGAAAAUGAUAACUUUAUUAAAUUAGUAACUAAAGGUCUAAAACAUAUUAAUUAGCGGUAUAAGUUGUUGGAUUGAGCCGAUGUAAAUAGAUUCGUUUAUUAUCUAAAAGAUUACUACAUUUUUAUAUGAAAAAUAAAAAAUAUGUACUUUAUUAAAAAAAAGAUGUCAUAUUAGAUUAGUUAUUACUAUUUUAAAUCAAAAGAAUAAUUAAAAGGCUUAUUGUAAAAUUAUAAUCUAAUUUUACUCUUUAAAAUUCCCUGGCACUUACUUGCCGUCACUUCGGUAAUGAUUGCAGAUGUAUGAAUAAUUCAAACAGGCGAAUUUUAAGGGUUAAUAUGAUUGAGUAUAAUUUUAAUUGAAUUUUACAGUCACACAUAAACGUUUAUAGAGUAGAAAUGUUGUAUAUAUAUAUACAUAAUGUACACACUUGACAGCGACGCACAACCUAUAAAACAUUUUAUCUUGUAGAAAUGGCCGACUGAUUGAGUCGAGAUCAAAAAUAAUUUGAUUACAAUUUUAAGAGAAUUUUAAGUAGCUUAUUAGCUUAAAUUAUUAGUUUUGUACUGAAAACAUAUUUUUAGAACGAUGAUGACUUUUAACACACUCAAUGACGUUCAUUCUGUAAUAUUGUAUAUCGAGGAAUAGACGCAAAAAUAUCAGUGAAUAUUUUGUUUAUGUUAAAAUAAAAUUAAAUAAGUCUAUUGAAAUAUCCAUGUAUAUUAUAGCAGUUACAGUUAACACGAGUUUUACUGAAUGCAAGAAUAAAUGUGAAUAUAACUAAAGCUGUCUAGGUCGAUUGCAAUGAUCCCUUCUAUAGAGACUCUCGGUAGUUUUUCAAAUCUUUUAUCCUUUGUCGUGUAAAUAAUGUGUGUAUGAAUGUAUAGAUCAUAUUUUUUGACAUUCUUCAAAUUUAAUCCAGUAUAUUCGACAUGAUAAUAUAAAUAAAGGUUUUAGGCACAUGUUUUACGCGAUUCAAAAACUACUGCGCAGCUAUAUUCAGAUUUACAAAAAACUAAAAUAAUAAAGUAUCUACAUUUUUGGCUCAACAACAACAAUAGUCGUGAAAUUAUUAAAAGCGAUAAUUUCGGUCUCACCGCUGAUGAUCCUAAAUGAUUGAAGUGAGUACUUUAUACUGGAAGACGGUAUAGUUCCAAUUUAAAUGCUAACUUGAAAAUUUAAGGUUGCAAUAAAAUACUCCUGAAAUCUAUACUAAUAUUAUAAAGCGGAAGAGUUUGUUUGUUUGAACGCGCUAAUAUCAGGAACUACUGGUCCGAUUAGAAAAAUUAUUUCAGUGUUAGAUAGCCCAUUUAUUGAAGAAGGCUAUAGGCUAUAUAACAUCACGGUAAGACCAAUACAAGUGGAGCACCAAUAAAGAAUGUUUCAAAAUAGGGGUUUAAAUAGCUCCUUAACAUUCAAUAAUUCAAAAAUAUUUUCACUUUUUACGUAAAUGAAGUGGGGGGUAAGGUUUAGCGUUAUGCCAAAGUAACUAUUCCACGUGGAUGGAGUCGCGGGCAAAAGCUAAUAAUAUAAUAAAAUUGACACGCUCCGAAAAACUGAGAAUAAAUAGUUCAGCAGUUCAGCUACUUUCAUAAUAUCGUAAAGUUUCACGUAUUUUGGUGCAACUGGAAAAAUGGCUCAAACCGUUUACGAAUUAAGACUAGUCCCGUGGAAUUCAUCCGAAGAUAAAAAAGCACAAUUGCUAUAAGCGGUAUCCGUUUUUAAACUUAAUAGCUAAUUGCAGUGAUGACAACUUACUUGCAUGAUUUAUUUCGUUAUUGAAACGCCAUCAGUUAACACGUAUAUUUUGAAUUGUUUAUGUAACAAUAACAAAAAUAAUGUUUGCAAAUUUUAUAACACGCUCAGCUCAACAGAAACUGGACGAAGAUAUUCCUUACAUAAGCUAAGUUUAACAACAACGUUUUCUGAUUUAAAAGCUUAAUGCAAAUGCAAAACAAAAACGGUUUUGUUGAAUUAAACAAUAUUUGAUUUAACCGAAACAAUUCUUGGUAUUACAAAAAUUUUACUGAAAAUGAAGCAGAAUUUACUAUCUCCUGAAUAGCCUGUGUAAUGAAUAUUUUAAGAAGAUAUGUCAUAGGUUCUGAAACUUAAAUUUUUCAUCUAAAGUGUCAGGAUAUUCAGAAAGUAUGCUGUAAAAGUGUUAAGGCAGCGGUCGGGGAACUUUUUUAAUUAUUAGCCCAAAAUAUUUUUGUGUAAGUUGAUAUUACCCCAUGGCCAAUAACAAAAAAAAACGUUAUCGCUUCUUUUUAGUAUCUUACAUAUUAUAGCCCCCAUGAUCAUUUUGAAAAGAAAACAAUAACUAAAAAUUUAACGAUUCUAAAGAAGUUUCACUUCAAUAUAUACUUUUUACUCACAAAAGUUUCAUUUUUACCCCCCAAAAUUUCAUUUUACCCCAUUUGGGGUAAUUUACCUUGGUUCCCGGACCGCUGUGUUAGGGAUAUAGCACAAAAUAGAAACUAAGUUUAUUUGCAGUUUCAAAUAAAAUGAGGUUGUUACAGAAUAUAUAAUCGAUGUCUAUUUAAUACAGAGAUGCACGAUUUUGAAUGAUUUUUCGAACAUCUAUCCCGUGAUCAUGAAAUGAUCUCUUUCUCGGACGUGGUACUUGGUACUUGUUGGACUCAACUCUUUCGAGUACAUAAAAUUUAAAAGAACACAAUGUAUUUUUAUUAUUGAUUUAUAAAAUAAAAAUUUCGAAAUGCAUCUUUAAAAACUCUGUAAAUUAUUAUUAUUAUUAUUCUGUAUUCUGAACUGUGUAUAUUACUUUUAAGUUUAUUAUGCCGAAGGUAGCAACGAAAAGUUGUAAAAGCUAUUUUAAGUUCGCAUCUAAUGCAUAUCUCCGUUUUGUUUCAAUGAAAUUGUCAUUCACAAUCGAUCAUCGUACUACUAUAGUGACGUAAUUCUGACAUAUUUCAAUUUAUCGAAUACAGGUAUUUAAUGAUGUAA